CGGAAAUACUGUCUACCACAAGAUUAGACAGAAACAUGUACAGAGAUGAUGAGUGUCCUUGAGGCGACGGAUCAGCUGUGCCCAGACCAGUUACUUGCGCAGACAGCUGACGUAAUUACUGAAGGUGUCAUAAAGUAUCCAGCAUUGUACCAUCGUGUGGUGGAUGCUUUAUCUCUUCGACCGAAAUCUCACAAAGAGGCUGCACAGAUUAUCUACAUUCUCCGUAACUAUGGAUACAACAUUAACCACACCAAUGAGACUGGGACAACCCCUUUACUGCAGUAUAUACAGUCAUGUGACCUAGUUGAGGAUGAUGUGGUGGAAGCCAUGCUGAGAUGUAAUGCUGAGGUUUUCAUUAAAAAUGAGAACAAUACGUGUGCUUUUGACGAGGCCAGAAAGCCACAUGUAGCACGGUCAAUCAAAGCACUGUUUGCUAGAUAUAUGCCUGGGAUUUGGAGGGCAGUAGCAGUUGAUGAUGUUCAUCAAGUACGUUUCCUGGUCAACCAAUGGUGCCGUGUUGAUGUUGAACAGCAAAACAAGAGCUUGCUACACCUAACGUUGGAAGUGGGAACAGAAAACGUCAUUGGAAUUAUCAGUGGAAUCCAUACCUCUAUGGCCCUGGCACACGGAGUACUGGCUGGAGAUUUGAAGUAUGUGGAGAAUUUGGUGAGAGAAGAAAAGUCCAUUAAUGUAAACUUGAAAAAUCUGGGUGAUGGAGGGACAACCCCACUGUAUUAUGCUGCUCUUCAAAAUAACACAGAGAUCAUCAAACUAUUGUUAUCAAUGGGAGCUCGGGUACACUGUACUAUGACAACAAAGGACAAGACAGAUCUACCCCUAUUGUUUGCUUUGAUGUUGGAAUACCCACAAGUCCAUGCUUCCACACUCCAGCUACUGAUUCCACAGACCCCCGUCCACGUGGAGACGCUACACUACAAGGGUAAGAACAUUCUUUUCCACUGUGUUAACUGUGAUAUGGAUUCAUCUGUGGUGUCGGCCAUCUUGAAUGUGUCAUCUGCUGCCAUGGUUACAGCAAGAGAGGAGAGUGGGCUUACACCUAGAGAAUAUGCAGUAAAAGAAGGAUGUGAUGCAGUUGUAGAGAUCAUUGACGAGUUUGUGUAUAAAUGGUGGACAGACAAAGAAAGUGACAAAAAUAAAAAAAUGUUGGCCCUUCACAGUUACCAUCCUAUCCCAAUAAUGAAAAAGAUCCUAUCUCUGGAUGAUGGCGGUGGUUGUUAUGACAACCAGCCUUGUGAUGUUAGUCGGGAAUUGCUGUCUGCGUCACUCAAUCAGUAUCAGCAACACAUCUACAAAUUCCACCAAGCUCUGGAGAUGGAGGAUGAAGAGCAAGUACAGGCACACAUCACCUAUUUUGGUUGUGAUAGCUUCCAAGAGUUUAUGUCUGACAGUCGACUUCAGGGAGAAGGUCAACCAGCACUGCACAAGGUCAUUCUGAGAGGGAAUGUUCAGCUGACACAGUUACUUGCAGAAACUCUUGUUUACAAGCAGGGUUGUCGUCUGGACUCAAUCCGGGACCAGUUUUUCAGGACAGCUCUCCACUAUGCCUAUGCACUAGAAGACAGUAAAGCCAUUGUGAACAUCUUGAUGGACCAUGGAGCCUCUGAAUUCACUAUGGACAUGGAUGGUCGCUCCCCUUUAGCUUUCAAGGAUCGCCGUGAACUCUCGGAGAUGAAGGAGCUACUUCAUUAUCAAUUAAUCAAGGACUUCCAACAGCCUGAGCCUGACCCCUGGUCAGCACCCCUACCCAUCCCGAUUGUCGGAUACAUGAAGAACUGUCGUCACACCCACCAUGUGCCUAACAGCGCUGCCCACAUGCUAAACCAUUCACAUCACCUGCAUCAGAUUUCUACUGCCAUCCCAGAUAAAAUUGUGAGGCAAGACAGAAAUAUGUUUGCAAUUAAAGACAGAAGCCAAACAGAUCAUCCUCUUGUGUUCAGAUCAAAAUCUCCUACAAAGGCUCAAGCUACAAAAUUCACAGAUGUUUCUGCAGUUUCUAAAAAUAAGUUUGAUACAUCUGAAAAUUCACGUAUGAAUUUUUCUGACUUUGAGUCACAGUAUUUCAAUGAUAGUGACAAUAAUGUUGAACGUGACAGACUGGAGACUCGGUAUGAUAAAGUGGAGGCUAGAUAUGUGAUAGAUGAUUAUGACGAUGAACUUGAUGUGUCAUCAGAUGAUGAAUAUUUAGAUGAUGAAGAAGAGCUGGUCGAGGAGGAGUCCCGAAGACAAGGACAUACAUGCACAAUACUUUAGUGGAGAUUUAGCUGUUUAGGCUGUUCAACUGAGUUGAAUCCGUCCGUCAACUGCUCUGCCAAAUUGAUAUUUGAAGACUACCAAGUUUGAUGGAAAAAUUGAAUCAAAUGUGUAAGACCAUUAAACUACAGUAUAAUAAGUUGGAAACAUUUUUAAAGAUGAAGUGAUCAUAUGCUUUUAUGUGUAUGGACCCAGCAUAAUUUUGAUCAAGUCUGGACGCAGUGGCUGGAGAAUUGUCAACACGAGUCAGUCAAGCGGUCUUUGCAAUUAUACCAUAUAUAACAUUAUAUUUACAAUGUAUAUGUAUAUAUAACUGAUAACUGAAGCUGAAGUUGAGAGUACAGGUCGUCUACUUAGCCUCAGCUUGUGGGAAAUAUCCAUUUCAGUGAGCGAUACAGUGUCUGGCUGGACAUGGAAGGGUCACUACUUUGAACCCAAGAGGGUGUUGCAAAUUUGUUGCUGUUGACCACUCCAAUGGUAAAAGUUAGAGGAGACUGAGAUGCUUCCUGGGAGAAGUCAGACCUAGGUCUUUGUUUUCUUUGGGGUUGACGACUAAAGAGGGUGUGGUUUAGAAGUUGACAGUACAGGUCACCAUACUGGCCUCAGCUAGUGGGAAUUCCCCUUUUUACGAAUUGGUAGAUUGUCCAGUGAGAGACCAAUGGGUUGUUAGUUCAAACCUAACCAGGAGUAGGAUUUUUUUCAUUCUUUUCCCUACUAUACUAUAUUUACACAUUCACUGAAGCAAUCUAUAUGCAUUCUUAGUUAAACUGCAAAAUUUGUUGGUUGGUGUCUUGAAAUUGUUUUACACUGAUGAACAGAAAAUCUUUAUUUGCAAGCUAUAACAAACAUGUAUCUACUAGAUAUUGGAGAGAGGAACAGUAACAGAACAACAGAGAAGAAUUUUCUACAGGGCUAUAUUCUAUUUUUGUAUUUUUUCUUUGAUGAUGCUUUUUUAGUUAUCAUUUAAAUCAUUAAAAUGAAUGAGGUUGUCAUGUGGUUGAUAUAUUUCAAAAUCUUUAUGUUGUACUGAAGUAUCAGAUACAGGGUAACAAAUCAGUGGUACUGAAGGAUCAGAUACAGGGUAACAAAUCAGUAGUACUGAAGGAUCAGAUACAGGGUAACAAAUCAGUUGUACUGAAGGAUCAGAUACAGGGUAACAAAUCAGUUGUACUGAAGGAUCAGAUACAGGGUAACAAAUCAGUUGUACUGAAGUAUCAGAUACAGGGUAACAAAUCAGUUGUACUGAAGGAUCAGAUACAGGGUAACAAAUCAGUUGUACUGAAGGAUCAGAUACAGAGUAACAAAUCAGUUGUACUGAAGUAUCAGAUACAGGGUAACAAAUCAGUUGUACUGAAGGAUCAGAUACAGGGUAACAAAUCAGUUGUACUGAAGGAUCAGAUACAGGGUAACAAAUCAGUUGUACUGAAGUAUCAGAUACAGGGUAACAAAUCAGUUGUACUGAAGGAUCAGAUACAGGGUAACAAAUCAGUUGUACUGAAGGAUCAGAUACAGGGUAACAAAUCAGUUGUACUGAAGGAUCAGAUACAGGGUAACAAAUCAGUUGUACUGAAGUAUCAGAUACAGGGUAACAAAUCAGUUGUACUGAAGCAUCAGAUACAGGGUAACAAAUCAGUUGUACUGAAGCAUCAGAUACAGGGUAACAAAUCAGUUGUACUGAAGCAUCAGAUACAGGGUAACAAAUCAGUUGUACUGAAGCAUCAGAUACAGGGUAACAAAUCAGUUGUACUGAAGCAUCAGAUACAGGGUAACAAAUCAGUUGUACUGAAGCAUCAGAUACAGGGUAACAAAUCAGUUGUACUGAAGCAUCAGAUACAGGGUAACAAAUCAGUUGUACUGAAGCAUCAGAUACAGGGUAACAAAUCAGUUGUACUGAAGUAUCAGAUACAGGGUAACAAAUCAGUUGUACUGAAGUAUCAGAUACAGGGUAACAAAUCAGUUGUACUGAAGGAUCAGAUACAGGGUAACAAAUCAGUUGUACUGAAGCAUCAGAUACAGGGUAACAAAUCAGUUGUACUGAAGCAUCAGAUACAGGGUAACAAAUCAGUUGUACUGAAGGAUCAGAUACAGGGUAACAAAUCAGUUGUACUGAAGGAUCAGAUACAGGGUAACAAAUCAGUUGUACUGAAGUAUCAGAUACAGGGUAACAAAUCAGUUGUACUGAAGUAUCAGAUACAGGGUAAGAAAUCAGUAGUACUGUAGCAUUAGAUACUGGGUAACGAAUCAAUUUCAUUAAAUCCAGCUGUUUGUUCUCAGAAAUCUUGGUAUGUAGGUACUUAAAGUUCAGCUUGGAUGUUAAAAAGCAUGAUUAUUUAUAUCUUUACAGGUGUAUGAUUUCACCAGUGUGUUAUUUGAUAUACUUUGUUAUGCAAUGGAGUACGUGCAAUUUCUUGUUUGUAUUGAAAGUUUUGUUUCUUAACAUUAAAAAAGAUUGUUUUCCAA